GCAGUUUGGUGCACGCUCGCCGAAGCCCGCCGGUCGUCAAGCCGACAACGCGAGCAGCAUCGUGUCGCGUAGUCUUUUAUCAAGAAACGGACCAUCAGGAACGUCGACAUCGACACGGUGCUACGGUACGCAGCGGGCAAGCACAACCGCUGUCCGGCACGAUUUGCAGACACAGCUAAACACAUCCCAUCAUAUCUGGCCCCGAGCUGCCGUGCGGUCGGUGUCUACCAGUACUCGCGAUGAGCGUCGAAAACUUUUGCUCACAGUGGAUGCUGGUGAUACUGCUGUUCGUCGCCUCGACUGAAGCAUCGGAUUCCACCCGACUAUGCAACGUGACGCAAGUUCAGGAGUGCUACAAUGGCAUUCUCUUAAGAUUUCUCAACGAGUUCCCACGAGGACCACUCAACGUAAGCAAACUGGAGACUCUGUGCAAGGAAUAUGACGUUAAGUCAUUGUGCGAGAAGGACCUACAGCCUUGUUCCGACACUCAUCCUGAGCUGGUAGACAUGGAGAGACUGUACAACGCAAUGUACGAAGACUCCUGCAACGACACCAACUUCAAACUGCUCAAAUCAUUUGUCCCAAUUGGCUCGUGCUAUCCACUGCCACUGAUCGAGACAUGUCUGCGAGAGAAGAUGAAAGAGUUUAAGACGUCCAGAGAGGACGCCAAGAGCAGUUGCAAUGAUCUGGGAGCCGCGGUCACCAUCUGCCUCACUACGCCAGGAUCGCCGUGCACGAAAAAUCGAAAACGUCCCACGUAUGCUAAGAAAACGGUGACGGCCCUGGUGUCCAGCACGGGCUGCAACCCCAACGACGGGAACCCAUUCAUGCAAGGCGCCGAGCGGCCACCGACAAAACCCUCUGGCGAUGGCAACGCGUGCUCGUACAAGCAACUCAAGCGAUGCCAUGAAAAACAGAUCAAUGACAUCCGGACGACGAUGUCGAGAAUCCUCGCCAAAGGACAGCUUCCCGACGACGACUUCACCGGAGCGAUAUGUAGAAAGAAACGAGAGACCUGCUACCAGCACAACAAAAUAGAGCCCUGCCCUGAGCGUGAGAGAGACGCCAUUCGGAGGCUGGAGGACUCCAUGAACGAGGCGCAGCAGUUGCUCUGCCAAGACGACGAAGUUCUCUUAAAGAACCUUGUGCUCAGCUAUAAAUGGUGGAAAGUUGACGACUUUGUCAAGUGCUCCACUAACACGCAAGUACACUACAUCACAGAUUACCUGUAUGCUACAGCAAGACUCCACAGUGACUGCAGAAGUCUGAGGACCAAGCUGUUUCGCUGCUUGAACGAGAGCUACAGUUCAGCCGACAAGGCCGACCCCAAGCCUGAUGUUGACGGCGCCGGCAAGGUUCUGGAGAUCUUCUUAAAUAGAACAUGGUGCGUGGACGAGCGGGACCUGCCUCAGGGCCCCAGGGGUGGCGCAGCGAGCAGCACAACAGGCAACGGCAGCGAUGACGACGACGAUCCCACAGAAGAUCCCACAGAAGAUCCUACAGACGAUCCAACAGACGAUCCCACAGACGAUCCGGCGGUCACAGGAACCGCAACCGCCGGCUCUGCGAUUCCCGUGGUGUCGGGAAAUCCGGACAAUGGUGUCAACGGCCAAACCAUUUGCACGUCUGGUCUCGCCGGUUUGGUCUUGGUCGUGCUGUUUAGAGGGCUCUCUUUGUAGGUGGAGCCACGUGUUAGAUGCAAUGAGUACUUUGCUGAUGUCGGAAAAACCUCUCACUCCGAAAAGCGAAGCGGACACAGCUGUAAAACUUGUUUCGCGUGCUGUAACACAAUAGUGACUGCGUGAGGAGGAAAUUGAAGAUAGGGUGGGUGCUGGGGGCUAAAAGCCCACACAUUUUAUUUUACUUUCGGGAAGAAAACUUUCACACACACACAAAGAGAAUGAUAAUCUAUGAGCUCGCCUAUUUUGUCAAUUCGCUUUCAAUGGUGGAAACCUACCAACUAACCCAUUUUCUCAUUCCUUUCAUUGUGAACAUAACCUCAGAUAUUUUUUUCACGGAAUGUUUACCUGUUGCAAUUGGCCUCGUGUACGACCGACAGUGGCGCGGCGAGCAAUGAUCCGGUGACGUCAGCAAUGGGAUCCGCCUUUGUCAUCUGCUAUCCAGUUGGUGGAAUCGCUGCAUUUUCGAUUGAUUGCUCCUACUUUGAAUGCAUACACACAAGGCCUCGAGCACGCGUAUAACAGUUCGUAAUCUUUUCGAAUGUAAUUUCAUAAACUAGUGGUAUUAUAGGCCAACCACCACUCUAGUUUCUCAUCUGUCAUCCAUAAAACCACAUUCAUUGUGGCCCAGGAAGCCAACCAUGGAUCUCGUCAAACAAAUGCAAGACGUCCCGCCUCGUCACCAAAGGCCUCUGCAGCUUUGUAACCGAAGCACAACCGAAUAAAGACGAGCAAACUGCCGUUUAGUUAAAUGCAGUAUUUGCAUUUCGUGCAUGAUUCCACUUAUUUUGAGCGUCGUAAUGCAAUAUAUUGCUUACGUGGAAAAAUAAAACUUUAAAUAAAAAUGGUACUAGCGAACACUAAUAAGUGGUUUCAGUGUCAACGUAGUUUUAUCACGUCUCCGAAUCGUCAAGCAUGCCUUAUAAUAUAUUCCGACGAAAAUCUCUCAUAAUCCCUUUUCAUUGGGGAAACUAAA